AUGGAUUCAAUGCAAGACAGACCAUUUUUUCGCGAGUCAGAACGACAUAGAAGAGAGAUCGAUGCAGUAUUAUGCAAGUGUGCCCAACAGCCAGAGACGUGUCCGCCAGGUCCUGCUGGACCGGCAGGAAUCCCAGGAUUGAGAGGUGAAGAUGGUGAGCCGGGUGUUGCUGGAGUGCCCGGAGUCGAUGGCGCCACAACCUAUCCGCAGCAAAAGACCGCCGAUUUACUCUGUUACGUAUGCCCUGCGGGACCACGUGGUGUACAAGGUCCGGAUGGUCCUCCAGGGUUACCUGGAGCAAACGGACUCCAAGGUCUUUCUGGUAUGCCAGGGCGAGAUGGGAUGCAAGGUGGCUACGGACCGCCCGGUGAUGCUGGCUCCGCAGGAGAUCCUGGAAUUGAUGGAGAACCAGGUGCACAGGGUAGAAAUGUGUCUAGAAGUAACGGAGGUUUGCGUGGACCACCAGGUGUCCCAGGACCUGAAGGAGCGCCUGGUAUACCAGGUCUUCCGGGAACGCCUGGAAAACCCGGGCUGCCUGGUGUGCCAGGACCUCAAGGGAGAACAGGUCUCCCAGGGCUAAACGCCGAAGGUGGAGAACAAGGUGAGCAGGGUGUAAAUGGUAUUGACGCUGGAUAUUGCCGAUGUCCUCCUCGAUCAUAUGUAGAGGUAGUUCCGAGUUCAGUUUUAGAAGAACGAAACGCAAAACGAAUAGUUGUGUGA